AUGGGUGAAACAACAGUUCGUAGAAUCGUUUAUGAAACAUGCGAGGUGAUCUGGGAGGUUCUGAGCCCCAUUGUUAUGCCUCCACCUACAAAGGAAAUCUGGGGACAUAUUUCAUCUCGAAUAUGGGAUAAAUGGCAGUACCCAAACGCACUCGGUGCUAUGGAUGGGAAACAUGUGGUAUUUGAAAAGCCAGGUGGAAGUGGCUCCACAUUUUUUAACUAUAAAAAGGAGUUUAGUGUAGCUCUUCUAGCACUUGUUGACGCAGACUACAAGUUCGUAGUUGUUGAUGUUGGAGCCCAUGGAAGGACAAGCGAUGGUGCAGUUUUCUUCAGGUCUCGUUUGGGGAAGAUGUUAACCGAAGGUACACUGGACAUACCCGUUCCUAAAAGUUUACCGAAUGAACCUGAAAUAGUUCUGCCACAUGUUAUUGUUGCUGAUGAGGCCUUCCCACUCCAAGAAAACAUCAUGCGACCAUACCCUGGGCCCCAAGUCGUAAACAACGAACGUAACAAAAUCUACAAUUAUAGGCAUAGUAGAUUUAGGCGAGAGAGUGAGAAUGCUUUUGGCGUAAUUAGCAAGAAAUUCCGAAUUUACCGGCGAAAGCUACAAAUAUCACCAGACAACUUGGAUAAGGUUAUUUUGGCAACAACUUGUUUGCACAAUUUCCUUUGCGGUGAUGACGAAUAUCUCUGGCAGCCUGGAAAACUCGAAGCAUCUGUAGAAUCGCUACGUCUUGAAGAUAUACCACGGAUAGGGGGAAGACCAAGCGACGUUGCGUAUGCUGUUAGAGAGCAACUCAAAACAUAUUUCGUUUCACGUGCAGGCAGCGUGAUAUGGUGUACAGAGGAAGGAGACAACUACCCAGUGAUCCUUAAACCAUCAUGUUAA